ACAUUAGCUCCACUUCACCAAACAGGUUUAAGAGGAGACUUAUUGAGGGCUGGGACGGGGUGAACUGCGGACUCCUGACUGAUUCAGAACCCGCAGUUAAAAUGAACAGUGAUACAGACCGCCCUGUAGAGCUGAUCACCUAUUUGGACACUGGUCAGGACCAGCGUAAUCUGCCUCCGCUCUGUCCCAGCCCUCAGGCCGGGAGAACCGGGACACGCGUCAUGGCCUCUAUGAAGCGUCGUCCCUCUCCUACAGAGGACAGGGAACCAGAGCAGCAGUCCAGGAAGAGACGUCCGCAUAGUGAGAGUGAGAAUCCUGCUGAUGAUGAAGCAGAUUCUGCUGAAGGCUUAAAGAGUCUGGACUCCACUCUCACCUGCACUGACCAUCCAGCUACCAUGGACUCCACUCAGACCACCAAUGACCAUCCAGCUACUGUGGAUGAUUUGCUGACUGGACUGGUGGAGAUUAGGAAACAGAGCAAAAUGAACAAAGAAAAAUGGAUUUAUUAUAGUUCUAACGAAAAAGCUAUAAAAUACUUAGACCUACCUAAGAGUAUAAACUCUGUCAAAAAAAUACUAAAUAGAAAUAACAAUAUUAAAAUAAAUAAUAUCAAUAAUAACAGUCCUAAUUUAAAUGUUUGUCAUGAUAGUUUUAACAAAGAUAUUUUCCUUGACUUCAUAAAAAAAGUAGAGAAUGAAGAAUUUGAUAAAAACAAACAAUAUGGUUUUGCUUUUUUAACAAACACAGAUCAAACAUUAGAGUGGAAAACUGGUCCACAUGUCCCAGAAAAUAAUCAACAUAGUGAGGAUUUUAUAGUUAACAAAAUAAUAGAAAUAGUAAAAAGGGGAGAGAUUACUAAAUACAGUGAACUAUGGAUCUAUUCUCUAUACAGCCCCUGUAUGGGCAAAAAAGAUGGCCAUCCCUGCAUCAUUCUGUUAAUCUGUUUAUCAUGUUUUUUGUUUAAAGAGUAUAAUAUUAAAACAUACAUCUGUUUCUCAAUAUAUUAUGGAUUUGCAGGACCCAUCAGUCAGCUUUUAGCUCAUCACAAAGAUGAUCAACUAGUCACACAAGCUAUAAAAGAAAUUAAGGAUUCAAACCCUCAAUACAAAUUUAGCCUAAAAAAGAUAAAGCAGUUUGAUGUGUGCAGUUUUAUUAAAAAUGCCACUGAAGGUGAAGACCAGAUUACACUGUUAGACAGACUAGGCAAAUUUAAAACAGAGGUCUAUGAGUCUUUUAACACAAUAGGAUUCUGGGAAAAUAAUAAUGAAAUACUAAGCACUGAAGAAAACAGAUUUAAGGAUCUACUGGGAGAAAUAGCUGAUAAAGAUCUUUAUGAUCGUAUUUGUGAUGCUUUCAGAUCUAAAUUAAAGGAAUGGUGGAAUGCUAGUGUAGAUCAAGCAUUACUUAGCGAACAUAUCAACAGAACAGCAUUGAGGUUCUUCAUUCAGGACAUCCAGAAGCUUCUCCAGGACCUUCUGCCACAGCUUUUAACUGAUGAUAACAACCACCUUCUUCAGGAGAUUUUAACUGAUGAUAGUAAGAAUCUGACCCAACUGGACUUUCUAAAGUUUAUUGAACUUCCUCUUUCUGAAUUUAGAUGAAAAUGGAUUAGAAUUUAAUGCUAUUGAACACACUGCAAUAAAUAAACCAAAACCCAACUGUG